GUCCGGGUCCAGGACCGGACGCCACAAUAACACCGUGGUGUGACGCGCUCCUCUCUAAGCGUCUUACCGGGAUGACCUAAUCCUCCGCGGAGCAGCUGAGCGUCGUGCUCGGGGCUCGUCCCGCCGCCAGGCUCAGACAGGACAUCUGCGCCAUGGAGGAGCUUCUGAUACCGAGCGGCUCCGACAACAGCUCGGCGCCUCCGGGGGGCGCAGGCCGGACGAUGGACCGGGCCAAGAGCUUCCUGCGGGGCGGCGCGGGGGAGGCGGACCUGCGGGGCAGAGUGCGGCAGUUCUGCAAGAGGAACGGACUCCUCACACUGUCGGUCAUCGCGGUGCUGACGGGCUGCACCCUGGGCUUCAUGCUGAGGGGAACCCAGCUGUCCACACAGGCAAAGAUCUACUUCUCUUUUCCUGGUGAGCUGCUGAUGAGGAUGUUGAAGAUGCUCAUUCUUCCUCUCAUUACGUCCAGUUUGAUGUCGGGCCUGUCGUCGAUGGAGUCGAAGGCGUGCUGUCGGAUUGGCGUGCUCACCGUCACCUACUACCUGUGGACCACCUUCAUCGCCGUGGUGGUCGGCAUCGUGCUCGUCCUCAUAAUCAAACCUGGCGUGGGGACGGAUAUGGAGAGCAACCGGCUGGGAGGGGGGCCCGUCAUGACCUCGGCCGACGCCCUGCUCGACCUCAUCAGAAACAUGGUUCCCUCGAAUCUGAUUGAAGCCACGUUUCAGCAGUACAAAACAGACCUGAUCCCCAUCCUCAAAGUCCCGACCAGAACCAUCCAGCCCAACUUCGUCUACGUCGUCCCCGACGAGACUGACCCUCGAGGUAGGACGGUGUACCUGGAGCUGACUCCGCCCCCGGAGAUCAUGUACAAGACGAGUCCUGGCAGCAGCCAACAGAUGAACGUCCUGGGCAUCGUCAUCUUCUCCGCCACCAUGGGUCUGUUGCUGGGCAGGAUGGGAGAGCGAGGAGCUCCGCUGGUCAACGUCUGUCAGUGCAUCAACGAGUGCGUCAUGAAGAUCAUCAACGCUGCCGUUUGGUACUUUCCUUUCGGGAUCAUCUUCCUGGUGGCCGGGAAGAUCCUGGACAUGCAGGACCCGAGCACGCUGGGGAAGAAGCUGGGCUGGUACGGCCUCACCGUCCUCGCCGGCCUCUUCGUCCACGGACUCGUCCUGCUCCCUCUGUUCUACUUCAUCCUCACCGGGAAGAACCCCUUCUCGUACAUCCGCGGGCUGCUGCAGGCCAUGGUCAUCGCCCUGGCCACCUCCUCCAGCUCUGCCACGCUGCCCAUCACCAUGAAGUGUUUGUUGGAGAACUGCCACGUCGACCGACAGAUCGCCCGCUUCGUCCUUCCUGUCGGAGCCACCAUCAACAUGGACGGCACGGCGCUGUACGAGGCUGUGGCUGCCAUCUUCAUCGCUCAGGUCAACGACUACGAGCUGGACUUUGGUCAGCUGGUCACCAUCAGCAUCACCGCUACAGCUGCUAGCAUCGGCGCAGCAGGGAUUCCACAGGCAGGGCUGGUUACCAUGGUGAUCGUACUGACAUCAGUGGGAUUACCGCCAGAUGACAUCACACUCAUCGUGGCCAUUGAUUGGAUCCUAGACAGAUUCCGGACCAUGAUCAACGUCCUCGGUGACGCCCUGGCGGCAGGAAUCAUUGCUCACCUCUGUCGGAAAGAUUUCCCUCUCAGCGAAACCGGAAAGCCUGUACCGUCGUACGGCACACAGACUCCUCACGCUCAAAACUCCCACAGCGUCGAUGUGCCGAUGACGGAGAUCCACACACACAAAGACUGUAUGUUCGAGGGCGAGGGCGACCCGGCGGGCGAGCGCCACGCCCACACCGUCUACUACAACAUCUGUCAGGUGUGACGGGAGCCGACGGAGCAGCUCGACACGCCGACGAGUCCGGGAGAGUCCGGUCACAUCUCACAGUGCCAAGUGAACGGGAGUGAUGAAGAGCGACAGACGUCGACGAGCAGCUGGUGAAAGGAAGCGUGGUCGGAACAGAGCCACUGAGGUCACAGAGCGUAGGAGGUCAAAUGACAUCACUUUAAUCUAAACUCCCCGUCGACACUAACUACCAACCAAUCUCAGUUUAAGAUUGUAGAUCUCAGAAAUCCUACAGCGUCUCUGGUUGAUGGACAGAUGAGGAUCAUGGGAACACAACUCCAUCCCGGGACCUUUGGGUUCAUCGUACCCACGAUAGUUGAUCUUGUUCAGAUGGUUCAGAUUAGUUUGCUUCUGCGCCUGCAAAGAUGUAACCUUUGUUCUGCGUUGUCCCGGUAACGACGUAGCUGAGAUUUACCGUCCGUUCUCGGCCCCAGGUUCACUGAUGGUGAAGUGACAGAAAUAACUUUCUCACCUGUGUCUCCGUCCUCCCUGAGGAUUAAGAAUAACUUUAUGAUACUCCAAACAGACAAACCGGUGUCGUAAACUCGGCCUCCGGUCGGGGGCCAGAACUCAACUGGGUGUAUCUGGGGCCAAAGUCCAAGUUUGGCCCCAGGUGAGUUUUGGGCCACGAGACCUGAGGGGAAACCGGUGCAGUGCAUGUCGGACUCUGUACGUACAUCGGGGGAUAUAUGCUUGUUCCGCUCGUUCCACACGAUGACAACCUUCAACUCAGAUGUUCGUUAGGAGCUUGAAGAAGAACCGCUGCGUUCUUGUGAAAAAAGGAUCGUCCUGGACGCCAACCCAGAUUUGAUCUCUUUGGACGGGACACGUCGUUCAGACCUCGCCAGGGAAAAAGACGUCUGGACUAACGUGAAGAAGAUUCUUGGGAGCGGUGCAAAGAGAUCAGAUAGAUGGUUGUUGGAAAAACUUGUUUUCCCAUUUGCAGAGUUGGAUUUACUUUCAGUUUAGGACCUGAUACCGAUGGAUAAUACCCAGCCGAGCCCGGGCCUGUACGUUUGACCCAAUCCUGCUCCUGAUCCAGAGUUUUUCUUCAUUCAGACUUUAAUGCCCGAACACGUUCCGUCCAGCAACACAAACCAAAGCCAUCACCUGAUGUUUGACCAGGCAUAUACCGAAGGACCGAACUCUAUCGUGUUGCCGUUUGUUCUGAACUCAGGUGCUUCCACUGGUCUGGACGGUGAUUGGCCAGUGCUCACGGACUCCGCCCAAUCUGACCGCUGAAUGAAUCAAGUGCUCUUCAUCUCACAGACUCGACCUUCUUCUUCUUCUUCUGGCUCGUUUGUAUUUGACAGCAUGCUGGCAUGCGUUACAACCGACUUCAUGUGAAGUCAACGUGCUUUAUCUUCUUCUUCUUCUUGUUUUGAAGUGACUGAUGAAAGGGAACCAAAGUUCUGUAGGAAUUGUGGGAUUUUUACCAAUGUCAGAUGCAGCUAAUGUGAACAGAAGCUAGUUUGUGUUUAGGUUAAUCUGAUUUCCUUUCUGGGUUCACGAAUGAACGGAUCAUGAACGGAUCAAACAAACUGACACCAGCUGAGAUACGAAGAUGUUCAAGUGAAAAUUAAUAUAGAUCAGAUAUUUUCAUGUUUUUUGAAGACGUAGACUUGCCUUAAUUUUACCGCCGACAUUUUAAAAACCUCAACGUUCGUCUGCCAAUGCAACACGUCACCCCGACGACCUGCAACAUUUUCAACUUUCACCGAAGCAGGUUUCCUCAAACUGCAUCAUCUGAAUCACGUGUUUUUUAAAUAUGAAAUAUGCAUGUGUUUUUGGACUUUGUGUGAUUUGUGCUUAUUUGUAUUUGGUAACUUAAUAAACCUCAUGGGUCUAAACCACAGA